AUGCAACAGAGCACGCGAUGUGUGGGUGCUACAGCGCUCAUGUACGUGAGGAAGGAGGCUGCGAGGGCUCUUGGCGAGAAGGGGGGUUACAGCGCUGGAGUCAUGAAAACGGUGGAGUUUGCACCGGACAAAGUUAUAGAGAAAAAAGAUGGGGUGCUGAGUUUCCCUUGGACAGUACGCUACGGCGCGCUGAAUGGGUUUAAAUCCGCUCAUGGCGGUGCCUUGUCAACUCUUGCGGACGCAUUUACGCGGGUGCACUUGAGUGCCGUCACGACAAGCGAAAAGCUCAAUUCAGUGAGCUUUGAGAUCAGUUUUCUCAACGCUAUUGCGGAGAAUACGGAGUGCAUCUGUCUUACACGGCUCGUUAGCUUGGACGUCGGCAAUCUUGCGUUCAUGGACUUCUCCUUCGAGGACGAAAAGUCCGGGCAGGUGUUUGCCCGCGGCACUCAUGUGCUCUCUUGGUGCGGGUAA